CAUGGCCGGGACGGCUGUCAAACACCAUCUCCGCGAAGUUGAAACAUAAACAAAGCCAUGCACCUGUCAGACUGUCCAGUUCCUGCUGUGGAGUCACCCACGUGGAAAGAUAAUGAUGCCAUGCUGUGGUAUUGAUGGUAUAAUAUAAGAACUGAUGACCUUGGAGUGGCAUGAACUCAAGUCCAACUUUACAGUUAAUUAAGGGAAGCUGAUUGAAAUAUUCUGAAACAUGGAUAUCAACUGCGGGAUGGAGUUGCAUUUUGCUGAGACAUCUAAUCUUGAAGAGAGUGACUUUGUGUCCUCGGGUGCAAGUUUGUCAGAGACUGCAAAUCUUGAGGAGAAUGAUUUUGUGUCUUCAAGUACAGAAUUGUCUGAUAAGCUUAACUUAGGUGCAAAUACUGAAGCAGUUCAUCAUUUACUGGUGCUCGAUCAGGUGUCACCUCCUUCAAGGGCAUGUACAGAUCAUGACAGCAAUGACAAACAUCUGUCUGCAGCAGAUUUCAAGCUUGAUCUGGGUCCUGCGAAUGAUUUAGUAUCUGCUGCAGAUUUUCCCAUUGAAAAUUCCGUCACAGACAUCACAAGUGACGGAGCUACGGAGGAGAACAGUGAGGGCUACAGCAUACUGAAUGCUGCUCUGGAAGGUAAUCCAGACCUAAAGCAACAGAUGACUCCAUCACGUGCCAAUAUCAAUAGCAUCCCUGCUCUACCACUCGCCUCAAUCUUACCCAAUCUCCAGGCAGUACAGGUUGUUCCUAUAGGAAAUCUACAGCAGCUUCAAGUUCUGACAUCAGCGAGACCAACUAAUAGUGAUUCCACUGUAGCACAGCUUCUGUCUGCUAAUCAGAAGAAUGGACAAUUUCUUCAGCUAGGGCCGCAACAGACCAACAAUCCUAAAAUAAUACCAUUAAACUUGGUUCAACAGGGUAGUCACCAAGUUCUUGGUCUGUCCAACACAGACAACCAGAAGUUACCAAUUAGUUCUAACCAGUGCUCAACGGAUGCUACCAAGACUGUUCAAGAACUUAUAAACCUGCAGUCGAGUUCAACGUCAGCGUUUUUACUAGGAAAUCUUUUGGUCUUGCAGCCUGUUGCUAGUCAGCUACAGGGAAAUAUGUCCUUGACUCAGUCAUCUGUGGCUUCUCUUAGUGCAGGUAACUCCUUGUAUGCAAACACUGCAGCAACAUUGCAGCCAUCUUGUGCAACUUCUUCAAAUUUGAAUACCUCUGAUCAUUUGCUAAAAAAGAUUGUUCCCAGACCCAGUAGUUGUACAUCUUCAGCGACAGCCAGUACCAACAUGCCUGUUCAGACCUCUCUAUCCAAUCAGCUUCCAGCCCAGGAAGUGCCCAAAACUAUACAUGAUUCCUUGCUCAGUGUCAAUACAACAGGAAGUGGCCAGCAGAUGCAUUCUGUGAAGGAUGGAGAAAAACAAGAAGAGGAAAAUAGAGAAACAGUUCGUUCUGAGGAAGGUAACCAGGAACAAGACAAAAACAAAACAGACAGUUUAAAAAUCGCAGGACGAAAAAACACAAAAAUUGUAAUAUAUGGUAAAACGAUAUCAAUGACAUUUGAUUGUAGAAAUGAAAAAUGGAUUAGGGUCUUCAACCUUACAGGGAAAUAAAUCACCAAAUAAUAAAAAUGUUCCAGGAGGUUCAAAUUCUCCCCAAGAGACAGUAACAGCUCCAAUAGUAUGUUCAACAGAUGCUGACACCUUGAGUACAGAAGAAAUCCAGACAUCCACAGUCCAGUCCACCCCUACUGGGAACUCUUCACAGGUGAAAUAUGUGUCUAUAUUAGAACCAAAUAUUUCAGCUAAAUUACCUAGUAAGGCAAAUAAUGUGCAAACAACAAACUCAUCAUCUCUACCUGUGCAAGUUCAAAACAAGUUAGAUGUCGGUAAGAUCAUGCAGUUGAAUCCAGUCAAGGUGAAUCUUGAUUCAUCUCUUGCAUCAUGCCAAGGUCAAGGUACCAUGCAUGGUGGAGUGAGUGAUGGUCAUUCAGCAGGAGAGAAUUCACAGACUACAGAUGAUGCAGUGAAGAUUAUACCUCAAGUGGAGAUGAAACAGUUGAAGGACACGUCAGUUAUAGAUCAGACACCUGUUAUACAAGGUGGUACUAGAAAUGAGUACAGAUGUGAUCUCUGUAGCGCCUCCUUCAAUCGUUAUGGCAACUACACUCGACACCGAAUGAUACACACUGUAAAUACUAAGGAUGACUACCGCUACAAGUGUCAGGAAUGUGGGCGACUGUUCCUCCAGCGGUGUGACAUGAAGCGACACAUGUUGAUACACACAAAUGAGCAGCCAUUUAGGUGUAAUGAAUGUGGAAGAGGCUACAUACGGAGGAGUGACCUGGUGGUUCACAUGCGGUUCCAUAAGAAGGAGAAAACAUUCAAAUGUGUUUACUGCUCCAAAAAUUUCUACCAGUCAGGUGAUCUGAACAGGCAUAUGAGAAAUAUCCAUCUACAGACGUCUAUGUUGACCUGUGGUCACUGUAGCCGCCAGUUUGUGAAGGAGGCCACACUCAUACGACACAUGCAGACCAGACAUAGGGAUAUCAUCAUUAGGACGCUGAAAACCAAAACUACAACAUCUAACACAGAAAAUGACCAAGAAGAGGACUCGUACAUGCUCAAACCAAGACUCCUCGUUAAAUAGUAUGGUAAAGUCUGAAGAGAUAGCGGACAUUAUGGAGGGUGUCAUACAGAAACAAUACUGAUAACUGUAUAGAGGAUGGUGUAGAGGACGGGGCAGAGGAAAGUAUUCAGAUGGAGGAGGAUACUACAAAUAUCGCUUCUGACAUGGACACCUCAUCAGGGAUUAUACAGUUCAAAGGGCGAACAUUGACCAAUCAGAUCUCAGAAACUGGGGGUCAGUAGAUAUUCUGAAUCUUCUCUGCCUCUCUUGGCAUGAACUCAGUUAUUGAAAUAUUAAAAUAUCAUAAUCACUGAACACAUUUCUAACAUUUGAAAGAACGUUAAAGGUUAUGCAUUCUCUGUUAAUAAGGUAAUUUAAAGAUGGCACAAGCAAUUUCUUAAAAACAAAAUGAUAAAAUCACUUAUUAAUGGUAAUUUGUAUCGUUAAUGUUCUAAAACAAUUAUUCCCAACCCUAGCAGAGGAAUCCUAGGUCUUACAUAGAAAGAAAAUAUCUUGUGAUGUAGAAUGGGAAUAGAUGAGAAUUUACUUGGGUGAUGUAAAACAUCAAAUGAAUGAAAACUAGAGGAACAAACCAAAUACCUAGUAUGCAGAGCUACUGUUUAACAGGUUAGUUAUGGCUGUAGAAAUGCUUUGUAAAAGUCCUUGAAGAAUUGACGGUUAUUGGUCCCCCACUGGGAAAGGGGGGGGGGGGGGGG